GCCUCCCGCAGGUGCCUCGGCGGCGGCCCGGUGUCAUUUCCUCUUCGCGCUGCGCCGGGCCCCACCGCGGGGGAGGCGGGAGGUUGCGGCCAUGGCGGGGACGAGUUCAAAGAGGCACCACCAAGCUCGUCAGAAGCCGGACGGGGGAAGAGGAAUGGAUAUGGGUAACCAACACCCAUCCGUGAAACGGUUACAUGAGAUCCAGAAACAAGUCAAAGAGAUCGAACAGCAAGUGGCUGUCUUCAGCGGUCUGUCCACCGACCGAGAUUACAAGGAACUGGAAAGAAACCUUACGAAACAGCUUUUUGAGAUCGAUUCUGUGGACACCGAAGGGAAGGGGGAUAUCCAGCAGGCCAGAAAGCGAGCUGCCCAGGAAACUGAGAGGCUGCUGAAGGAACUGGAACAAAAUGCAAACCAUCCGCGCAGACUGGAAAUAGAGGCUUUAUUCAAGGAGGCACAGGCUCUUGUGGAACGCGAGAUCACACCUUUUUACGAAGGAGGAAACGGUAUAAGUGAUGAAUUUGAAGAAGGAAUUCAGGACAUUGUGCUGAGGCUUACCCAGGUGAAAACUGGAGGGAAAAUUUCUCUACGCAAAGCAAGAUACCGGACUCUGACAAAGAUAUGUACUGUCCAGGAGAUUAUAGAGAAUGCUGUGAAGAAACAGCUGUCCCUGCCACUCUCUAAUGAUGUUCAUCCUUCUGUCUCCAAAAUUAACUCUGUAAUGUGUGAGGUGAACAAAGCCAGAGGAACUCUCAUUGCGCUUCUAAUGGGAGUGAAUAGCAAUGAUACCUGCAGGCAUCUGUCCUGUGUGCUCACAGGCCUCAUUGCUGAUUUGGAUGCUUUAGAUGUCUGUGGCCGCACGGAAAUAAGAAACUACAGAAAGGAAGUAGUAGAAGAGAUCAAUAAAUUGCAAAAAUACCUGGACUUGGAUGAAGAAGCAAAUUCUACUCAGGCUUAUGAUUUGGCAAAAAAUCAGUCCAUUCUGAAAAUAGAAGAGAUCCGUAAGAAGAUGAAGGAAGUUCAUUCCUUACUUCUAAAAACAGAGAAUGCCUCUGAUUUGUAUCUGGGAUUGAAAUCAGAGUUGCAGGGACUAAUUGCCCACCUAGAUGAAGUGAGUCCAGGAAAAAAUCCCUGUAUUAGAGAGGCCAGGAGAAGAGCAGUAAUUGAAGUUCAGACUCUUAUAACAUAUAUUGAUUUGAAUGAAGCGCUGGAAAAAAGGCAAAAGUAUCCAGAGCAAACUGCUGUUGAACAUCGUUGCCAUAAAGCAGUUUGGACUGUACUUGGAAACUUGUCUCAAAUUCAGAAAGAGGUGAUUUCGUUUGAUGGAAACAGAACAGAUAAAAAUUACAUGAGACUGGAAGAACUUCUUACAAAACAGCUUCUAGCCCUGGAUGCAGUUGAUCCGCAAGGUGACGAGCGGUGUAAGGCUGCCAGGAAGCAGGCAGUAAAGCUUGCACAGAAUAUUCUUUACUAUCUGGACAUGAAAACAGACGAAUGGGAAUACUGAAAGAGCCAUGGCCUGACACGGAAGAACAUUUUCCCCUUUGGCACCUUAGGAAGAUCAUUGGCAGCACAUAAUAAAGUAUUCUGUGCCUGCUGAAAUCAUGGAAAUUGCAUAAGCAGUUGACUUGGCUAUAUGUCUGCUAUCCCACGCAGUCACCCACUUGCCAUGGCAACUGUCAGUACACCAUCAGCAAUUCUGGUCACUGAUAUAAGCUAAGAAGUGCAAUUCUCUGAAGGAAUAGCUUAAUACUUGAUCAAAUAUCUUCUUUUUUUUUUUUUUUCUUCUCUUUUUCUUUCUUGUUUUUGUUUCAAUAGCCUUGUGCAAUGUUCAGUGAAUGCAGGUUUUUCAAAGACACAGAAACUUCCUUAUGGUACAAUACUGGCAAAACUAUUUAAGGAGACUGAACAUGAAAAUUAGUAUUCAGGCAUGAGGCUCCAUCCAGCAACUUCACAGCAGUCUGGAUGUCCUGUUAAUGUGCUGUCAUGACAUAAAGUACUAAGGGCAAAAAGCCUUCUGGCUUUUGGAUUGUACUUGAUUUAUUCCAUCCAUCAUAGCAUCUAGAUAUCUCAGUUCAUGGAGCCAUAAUGCCAGCUGCAAAUUAGCAUUUACAUAGGCAAAGCCAAUUAUGUCAAUUUUUGUAAUAGCUGAGCCCUUUGAUUUGCAAAACCAGGUCUUUUGUUGGUGGAAAUUCUUUCAAGUUAUUGCUUUGAGGUACUGAGACUUGGAGAGGAAAAUCUGUACAUUUAUACCAAACAGAUAAAGGGGAUUUUGAGGAUUUCAAACUGCCAUCCAUACACCCUUGAAAACUGCACUGAACUUUAUGUAGUGGCUGCUUAGGUGUCUUUUUAAACUCUGCUGUUGUGUCUGGUUUUCACAUUUGGCGAAAACAUAAACAGACUUCACUUUGAAGUGAAAUGUGCAUUUUGGAAUUAUUUUUGUAAAAUUAGGUAGCCAGCUAUAAAGAUGUCCCUAAUGAUGUAAGUAUGUGCUACAUGGACAGGUGUGGCUUCGAGCACGUCUUGGAAGGACUUGUGGCAAAUGUCUCUCUCUGCAACUCAUUCACUUAUUUCAGAAGCUUCAUAAAUAAGCUUGCUUGUACUGUUGUAUGCGCCUACCUUUUUAUUUGUGGCUGCUAGUGCCAAUCACAUUUCUACUAUAGCAUGUUUUUUGGCAUUUUUGAAAGCAUGGCAUUAAAAUUAUUUGAGUAUAUACAGAUAUAUAUAAAGAAUAUCGAUAUAUAUAUAUAAAGGUAUAUUCAGUUGUGGACAAUUUGCACUCAGCUCUUUCA